AUGACCACGAUAGCCAAAGUAAGAGCUUGGCUCGUGCAAGGAAAGGAUUUGUCGCUUUUCGAUGGUUCUGGUGAGCCCACGGAUGAUAUCGUUCAAGCUAAGCAAGUUGUGUUGGGUCCUGAUGAAAAACUCGAUUUAGACAAUGCUUCUGGUUAUGUUAUUGAUGGCGAAGACAUUCCACUGAGGAUAGUACUACAUUGUUGGCAAAAUAGAGGCUCAAGUGCAGCUGAUUAUGUGUCUGACUGUGAGAGAAAACAACUAAGGAAUGUUUCUUUUCUUCAAAGAACAGAUCUAAUACGGUGGCUUUCGGGUGAAAGCGAAAGUAGCUCGUACAUUGAAGAAGAAGCAUCAAACAGGAAGAAUGCAACUGCCGAGUUGAACGAUGAGCCUGCAUCCGUGGAAAGUGGAGUAGUCACCGAUCCUCUGCUUACAGUUGCAUUGGCCAAUGAACAAACCGUUUUGGAUCACAAUUGUUCGCUUCGUGGUUCGAAAUCUACGAACUUCAAUUAUCUAAUAAGAGAAGCAGAAUUGAAGCUGGUGCAUUCUUUGAAAAGCUCGCGUCGUAGUGGCAAAGGCGGAGAGAGUAAAGGCAUCUCGAAAGAGCCAGGUUUGCGAAAGUUACCCAAAAAAGAUCCAAUUAUCUUGAUACCCUCUGCUGCCUCGUCUAUCUUUACCGUUGACAACAUCAAACAGUUUUUGGAGGAUUCCGUGUUCAUACCGUCACGAGCUGCGGCUCCUACCAAUAAAGAUGUAACUACGGUAACGAAACAACUGGACAGAUUUGCUAAGCCGAUAAAGUUUUUAAUCGUGAACAAUACGCGACUGUUUACAAAACCAGAAUACUGGGAUCGUGUGAUUGCCGUGUUUACAACGGGUCACGCGUGGCAGUUUAACAGCUACCAAUGGUCUGAACCCAGUGAACUCUUCCAGCGUUGCAAAGGAUAUUAUUUCUAUUUUAGCGGUGACGUUGUGCCGAAACAUGUUGAACAAUGGAACGUUCAAAAGAUUGAACUAGACAAAAACAAACGGUUUAGGGACGUUGAAGUUCUUCGUCUAUUUUGGAAUAGCAUUGAAAAAGAGCUUGUUGCGCGUGGGUAUCAUUAG